UGUUCCUGUGCAUUUGAACUGAGGAAGAAGAGCUCCGGAAGUUACAAUUCGUGAACACGCGGUCGUCCGGUCUUUCCAGCAGGGCAGCGUCAAGGACCAUGGCGAAAAUCAAGGCAAGAGAUCUGCGGGGCAAGAAGAAGGAGGAACUUCUCAAGCAGCUGGAUGAUCUGAAGAACGAGCUGUCCCAGCUCCGUGUAGCCAAGGUUACUGGUGGGGCUGCCUCUAAGCUUUCCAAGAUCUGCGUUGUCCGCAAGUCCAUUGCCAGGGUCCUCACUGUCAUCAACCAGACACAGAAGGAGAACCUCAGGAAGUUCUACAAGGGCAAGAAGUACAAGCCCCUGGACCUGAGGCCCAGGAAGACCAGGGCUAUCCGCCGCAGGCUCAACAAGCAUGAGGAAAGUCUGAAGACCAAGAAACAGCAGAGGAAGGACCUCCUGUACUCUGUUCGCAAAUUUGCUGUCAAAGCCUAAAAGGCUGUUUCUAUUGUUAAAAUAAAUCCAGGAAAAGGA